UAUGUUAAGGCAAAACUGAGUGGCAUUGAUUUAUAAACGUGACAAUCUUUAAAAAAAAAAAAUUCAUUUUCAAUCAACAUUUAUUUUUUGUUUGUAACCUAAACCUAUAUAAUUGCAAUCCAUCAAUGAAAAACUUAGAGUUUCAUUUCACCGUAUAUUUGUUUGUUUAUUUUGCAUUAUUGUAUGAUACUUUUUGCACGAUUGACAUUAAUUUGAGUCAAUUGGAAUAUCUUGCUGCACGUUUAGAUCCAUUCGAAUGUCGACGUCUUAUUGCUGCCCUACAUUACACGUCAUAUGAAUUGCCGAUGAAUUUGGCGGCAGCAGAAAGAGAUUAUGUGGCAGAACGCACGGUAGAAGAGGAUAUUCCGUGCAUAAGACAAUUAGUUCAUUGGAACAGUUCUCCAAAUGAAGGUCUUGGUCAAAGCCAUGAAGCCUUAGUUCAUCGACUUCGUCAAUUGGGUCACAAUGACUUAGCCGAUUGGCUUGGGAAAUCCACGUUUAAACAACUUGGAAUGGAUAUGGAAAGAAUUAUGAAUCGACCAUUUGAUAAAUUAAGCGAACAAGAAAUUGAGACAUAUUAUCCAUUAACAAUCGAUCCAAUUGAAAAUCCCGAAAAGGAUGAUUUUUGGUCUGAAUUAAAUAUCAUCUUAUUGGCAAUAAUGUUAGGUUUGAUGGGAACUUUAUUAACAUUAAUAGGAUAUAUUAUUUUUUAUAUAAUCAAAGUGCGUUUACGUAGAACAAAAUACAGAAAAAUGAAGCAAGAAAUGGAUACUGAUAAAACGUCGGAAAAGGAAAAACAAAAAAUCAACAAGACAAAACAGAUGCUACAUAUUAUUGAUAAUUCGACUAAAAAUAAUACACAAUGUAAAAAAAGAUUUGGCAAACGACAGAUAGCAAAGAAGUAUCAAUUGCAACAGUUCACUUAA